AUGCAAAAGACUAAGGUGGAUCAACAACUUGGCAAGUUUAUGUCCAUGUUAAAAAAUCUCGAGGUAACUAUUUCCUUCACUGAUUUAAUCUCUCAACUUCCUAUGUAUGCAAAGUUCUUGAAGGAUAUGAUCACUAGAAAAAAAGACUUUGGUGGUGUUGAGAGAAUCACUUUAACUGAAGAAUGUAGUGCUAUUUUGCAAAACAUAAUACCACCAAAGCUUAAGCAUCCUGGUAGUUUUUCCAUUCCAUGUCAUGUAGGUGCAUUGUUUAUUGAUAAAGCUCUAUGUGAUUUAGGUGCACGGGUGUCUGUUAUGCCUCUUUCUAUCUGUAAUAGGUUGAAUAUGGGAGCUUUGAAAUGCACACAAAUCAACUUGCAAAUGGCAAAUAGUUCUCUAAAAUAUCAUUUGGGUGUUUUGGAGGAUAUAUCUGUCAGGAUUGGGAAAUUCUACAUUCCUGUUGAUUUUGUAGUACUAGUUAUGGAGGACGAUAGUCAAAUUCCCAUUAUUUUGUGUAAAGCUUCCUUAUGUACUGCUGGUACUAUUAUUGAUCUUAAGUCUGGUUCUCUUACUUUCAAUGUUGGCAAUGAUACUGUGAAUUUUAAGCUAACCAAUGCUAUAAAGUCUCCUAUGCUUGAGAACACUUGUUGCAGGAUCGAUGUCAUAAAGGAGAUUGCUCGAGCUGAUGCUCCUCGAGCCUUGUUAGAUCAUCCAUUAGAGACUACUGUUGUGGCAUUGAUCUUGAUUUUGACUUGGUAUUCCUUAAUAUUUGAUAGUGCAUACAUUUUAAGAUGA